AUGGAAAACAAUGGCUUUGAUUAUAAUGCGCUCAAAGGUAUCAAUCCAAAAUUCUCAAUGUCACAGACUUCGGACCCGUCAACGACAAAAGUCAAGCCGAAGACGUUCUCAAUGACGCAGGGUAAGCCACUUGCACAGAACCCGAAAAUCAGCUCGACACACAACGCAAAUUCCUUCAAGUUUGCCCUAUUCAAGAGACCUGAAGCCUUGACCAUUCCCGACGCGUCGCGACGAUCCGUGUUUUCUUUUCAAGCGCCACAGGCUGAAGGUUCAUCUCAGAGUCGCCUAUCGGCACCACUAUUUCUUUCAGAUGUCCAAGAAGCAUUGAAGGCUCCGGUCAAUAUCCUGCAGGAUCGCGACGUCGGACAGGGGGAGGCACAAGCAUCGCAUAAAUCGCCGCCAAAUCAUCCUUCACCUACCGCCUCACACAGAGAAAUAGAAUUUUCGCCAGAAUAUAGCCGGGAAAACGACAGGACCGCAUCUUUGACCUCGAUUCCAGGCGAGUCAAAUCACAAAACUAGUCGUCGACAAUCACCCGCCUUAUCUGGAGCGCAUACAUCUUCUUUGCCUCCGCCUUCACGCCCCAGCUCGCGGUCUCAAUUAGUUUUUCCGCUAUCAAAAAAUGAAUUAGGUUUCAAUUCGAUUCCAGAUACGUCUCUCAAACCACAACAAACUCCUCCCAUUGCGAAAAGGGAUGUAAAGCGAGCGUUUAGCGAUCUCCUUGAGCAUAACCACCGAUACGAGGCUUUUUUUGCGGAAUCGAUCGCACUGCAAACACAAAAUGAGUAUUUAUCUCGAAUGCGCAGUGCGGCGACGAAGGAUCUCAAGUCUGCGCGUGAAGAGCUUUCCGCUACAGCAGCGCAAUUGGCAUCUGCUAGGUCGGAGCACGCCGCCGCUCUCCCAUUGUUGAAAUCAACGGAGAAUGAAUUAAGCACCGCCAAGUCUGAUCUCGCCUUAACACGCUCGAAUCUUGCGGAUGCCGUCGCCGAAAUUUCGACCCUCAAAACCUCUUUGGAGCAAAUGUCGCAUGCUUAUGAGCAGGAAAAGUUGGGGAAGGAAGUGGCUGAAAAGAGGCUCGUCACGGCAAAGCAAAGUCUGGCGACUCUGAGAAAAUCACUUCAUUCCUCCUUCGUCGCUCUUGGAAAGUCUCACGAGGCUUCGGAAGCUUCGCUUUCACAAGCUGUCGCUGAGGUGACUGAAAUUAAGCGGUCUGUGGCGGAUGCCUUGACCAGUGUUAGACCCCUCCUUGAAGUAGGCGGUGGCUUCUCCCGCGUAUCUGAGAUGAGAGAUACCAUUCAAGAACUCCAGAGAGAGUUGGGCUCAUCCCAGCGCGUGACUGAUCUCCUCCGCGACAAGCUUCACCACCUAUCUUCCCAGCUCGCGGAUGCGCAAGCACGGAUCAAAGAUUUCGAAGAUACGGAGCGCGGGACGCUGAGUGUUCUUUGCGAUCGCUUGGACGAUAAGCGGAGCUUGGAAGUUUUGUGCAGUGUCGUAUCGUCUCAAGAAGUCAUCAACGCCAAGGACAAGGAGAUUAUCGGUUUAAAGGCAGAGGUCAAGGCUCUCGGCGAGUCGAAGGCUGAGUUGAGAGCACUGGUUGCGGAGGCUAAGAAAGCGGUCGCGGAGAAAGACCGCGAUCUCAGAGCUAGGGAUUCACAUACCUUGGUUAAGCAAAAAGUCGAGGGCCUGAACUCGCAGGUCGUUUCUGCAGAGGCAUCGUUGAAAGUAACAAGGGAAUGGCUCGCACUAGCUCAAUCCGAGGCUCGUGAGCGUAAAGAGGAAAGCGACAUUCUGAAGACAAAGGUUGAGAGCCUUGAAGUCGCUCGUGCCGAAUGGGAGGGUCUGAAUUCCAAGUUACAAGCACAGAUUCAAGAGCUUAGUACAGGAGAGGCACUGGCUGUACGGACGACCCAACUAGUUCAAGCUGAGAUCAAGCGGGUCACAGCGGAAGUCAAGAAGGCCAGCGAGGAAGCGAGUAAAACUAUCGAAUCGCUUCGUCAAGCGAAUCGUCGGUUGGAGGUCGACAAUAGCUUGUACUUAACCGAUUGGAUGAACAAAAUACGGCUCUGGUCUCAGCGAAUGACCUCAACAACGCACUCCAGGUGA